AUGUCUCAAGACUUGCUCGAAGUGACGCCCGAAAAGUUGACAGAGUUGGAGAAUACUCUCCUCAAUACGUCGGGCAAAGUGUCGUUGGCACAAAGAUUCCGUGCAUUGUUCACACUGAAAGCUGUCGGAAAGUCGAAUGAAGCCGUCGUGGAUAUUAUAGGAAAAGGGUUCAACGAUCCAUCUGCACUGUUGAAGCAUGAAUUAGCCUAUGUGCUAGGGCAGCUCCGAAAGACCUCUGCUUUGCCUGUCCUUACCUCUGUCCUCCGUGAUCUAUCCCAGGACCCCAUGGUCAGACACGAAGCCGCCGAAGCCAUUGGUGCCAUCUCUCAGCUGGAAUCAAUACCUAUCUUGGAAGAGUACUUGAACAGAGAGGGGGAAGAUCGAUCUGUCAAGGAAACGUGCGAGAUUGCACUUGACAAGAUCCGCUGGGACUGGGGAGCAGGCAAGAAGGCAAGAGCAGACAGGGACAAUGACAGUGACGAACCGAGAGAGUUUACAUCAGAGGACCCUGCACCUCCUAUGGGUUCCGAGGAUGGACCGGAUGCCAAGCAGACGGCCACCAAGGCCAAAGUGGCCUCUGAAGAGGAGAUCGAGGUGUUGCGCAAGACACUUGUCGAUCCCUCCCUCCCACUCUUCACGCGUUACCGAGCCAUGUUUUCUCUCCGCAACCUCUCGACGACCCACCCAUCUGCCGUUUACGCACUGGCGAGCGCGUUCACGACCGAAGAGCCGUCUGCCCUAUUCAAACACGAAGUAGCGUUCAUAUUCGGGCAAAUCCUGUCACCCCUGUCUGUGCCAGCGCUGAUCAAGGUCUUGGAGGACGAGUCUGAGAAUGAGAUGGUGCGGCAUGAGGCCGCAGAGGCGUUGGGCGGUAUCGCUACUGACGACUGCUUGCCGGUUCUGAAGAAAUGGAUGAAGAAGGAAGAUGCACCCACGGUGGUGCGAGAGAGCUGCAUCGUAGCGAUUGAUAUGUGGGAGGUUCGUGUUUUCUGUUGCUUGGUCCCAUGA